AUGCUAAAGGUUAGACCUCUUGUGACCGACUUGAUGAGGUGUAAUAUUGGAGAUGGGAAAAGUGUGAGCUUUUGGUAUGAUUGGUGGACUGAUUUUGGGCCUCUAGUCUCUAUGUUUGGCGAGAGAGGACCGAGGGAGCUGCAGAUCCCUCUUGACUCGACGGUUUGCAAUGCAACUCAGAAUGGGUUCUGGUCACUACCUCCAGCCAGGUCUGAAGAGGCAGAAACACUCCAACUGGUUCUAACCACAAUGGAGGCUCCUUUAGAUUCGCGUGGAGGGGACAGAUUCUUGUGGAGGAAUGGUCCUUGUUCUUAUUUGCCAAAAAUUCUCGUCAAAGGGGACGUGGAACUUCAUUCGGCAGGUUUCUCCUACAGUUCCUUGGUCAAAGCUUAUCUGGUUCAAGGAGGAGAUACCCCGAUGUACCUUUGUUACGUGGCUAGCUAUUCAAGCAAGGUUUGGGAUUGCUUCACUGGCUGGAUGCUGCCUACAACUCCAGCUUCUUUCGACUCCUUGCUGUCUCUCAUUGACCACCAGCGGUUCGUGACUUAUAGGGGUGGUCGAUCGGUCUUAAAACUCUUGCUGCAGGUAAUAGUUUAUAGCAUUUGGCGUGAGAGGAACAACCGCAUCUUCAGGCAAGCAACAUCUCCUGUAGCUGCGGUCUAUGCAGGAGUUGAUCGGCUAAUGCGAGAUCGCCUCCUCUCAGUUCCACCCCGUGCUGAAGACUCCUUUUCUUUGCUGCAGCUCUUCUUUUCGAUUAUGUAUUCUUAUCCUCCUUAA